CCUUUGGGCUCCCCGAAGGGGGAAGUACCUUAUUCAUCCCCUAAAGGGGAACCGAAGGGGACUUCCCCUUCGGGGAGCCCAAAGAAGACGUAUUCCCCCUUCGGUUAUUCCCCUUUAGUUCAUCCCCGAAGGGGAACCCCUUUAGGGGAACCAAAGGGNGUUACCCUUCGGGGAUGA